CUCCGCUCAAAGCACAAGUCGACUGGCAAAAUGCGCAUUCUCCGACUGCUAGUUGCAUCCCUAUUGCCUCUACUAGUGUCUACAUCACCAGUGAACACCAUUCCACCAAGUCGGAAUGACGUUUGCCUCGACGACGCCUCAAUCCCAUCCAUAUCAACAAUUCUCAACACCAAUACGCCCAUGACCUCCACCUCAUCCAGUGAGAAGAAGAAUCUCCCGGUUUUCUUCUUCCAUGGUCUCACCGGCAACAGCACGGAAGGUUUCAACUACCAGGCAAAUCUCACAGCUGAGGGCCGAGUCUUCGUUCCAUUGGCUUUCUGUGAGCGAGAAUGCUCAUUGACGGCACUAAAUAUCCAAGUUCCAAUGGCCAUUGCAGCAGUCCGAGAAGUAGUGGCAAACGACGAGCGUUUCGCGAGUGGAUACAUCUUCAUUGGUCACUCGCAAGGAGCUAUGAUGGCUCGUGCAGUGAUCGAGCAAAUGGACGACCACAAGGUCCAUACGUUCGUGAGUCUGGCUGGAGGUGUCAACGGCGUCUUCUACGGUCCACAGGAGACCGAUCGCAACUCCAUUCACGACCUAAAGGCCGGUUUUGGCGCUGCAAUUUUGCCUCAAAAUCUAUUCGACUUUACGGAUUAUACACCAGAAGAGUACCGUGGUAAAAUGCAGACCGACCUUGUACGUCGAUCCAUGGACCCGACGAUACAAGCCGCGUAUUCUAUCACGAAUUUAUUGUGGAUGCCAGUGCGAGACGUGUGGCUGUCGACGAAUCCGUUUCUUCCUAUGAUCAACAACGUCAAUUCAUGCGCGUGGUUCGAUUUCUAUUGCCACAUGGAGAAGAUUCGACGUAAAAACAAUUUUUUGAAGCUGAAAGAGGCGCACUACUUCGCUUCUCCAGAGGACGGCGUGUUGUCGCCGUGGCAAGCAAGUCACCUUGGACACUACAGUGAAGUGAAUUCGUUGGAAGAGAUUGAGACUCAAUUUGAGAGUUUAACGAUUGUGGAGAUGCACGACACGGUGGAGUACAAGGAAGACACGUACGGUUUACGCACUUUGGACGAACGUGGGGCAUUGUUCCGUUAUACAGCCUCAGAAGUUCCUCACUGCUGUUGGCUGUACGACUUUCCCAAGUUCCACACGGACGGAUUGUGCGAGUUCCAUCCUCUCUACGAUAAAUUUGUGUACAAAGUGCUUUGGUAAAAGAUUUUUGUGGAUAAGGACUAACAUUUUUUACUACAUAGUACAAAAAUUCUAGUCUUACUGCUUUUGCGUCAGGAACGGGUAGUCCGUGUAGCCCGACUCGAGUGGCACACCCGGCUGUGGGUAGAACGUCUUCACAUUCUGUGCGUUAAAC